AUGUCAUUGCCCAAUAGCUCUCGAUUCUUUACUACACCGAAAUUCGCCUUCACCAGAUACAACAAAGUGUUCGGCACGAAUGAACGACGGCUUACAUCAUCCCAAGACGAAUCAUCAUACGGUGGAACCAAUGAUGACUCUAGAAACUUCUCUUUGACCGACCAAGAUAAUGAUGAAGGUUCGAAUGUAAUUUUAGGUCAAAUUGUUUCGCAAAAUGAAUUGGCGUCUGCCGCAUCGACAUCAGAAAACAUGAAAUAUGAUAUUUUUGACGAGUUUUUAGAGUAUGGUGUGAAGGAUAAAUCAAAAUUCUACGGUAACCUCAAGAGGAAUAAUGGCAAGAGGAAUAAUAGCAAGAAAGGGUGUGGCAACAUCAUCAUCAAGAGGAAGAGCAAUGAUCCUUCUUCUGGUCAAAAAAAAAAGAAAUACUCUCGAGAUGAAGAUGAAAAUACAAAGAGGUCGUCCAAUGAUACAUAUGAUGAUAUCAGUUCGACAAAAGACAUCAGCGCGACUAAAGAUAGUACCGACUACAAUGGAAAACGAUUGGUUAAUGAUGGCGCACGCCUUGGAGGUGAAGAGAUUCGAAAGGAAAUAUUAAAAGAUGUAGAAGAGAUUAGAAGAGAAAUCAGGAAACGUGCGUUAGCUGAUAAAUCAAACAAAAGGUCACGCGAGGAUCCUUCGAUUCAGUUUCACGAGGUUGUAGAAGUAAAUUCCGCAUUUGCACCCGAUAAACAAUCUACGAAGGGAAAGGAAGAAGUCAAGAAACGUGUUAGUUUUCAGAUUUUCCAGGAUACUCAUGGUGAAGGUGAAAACGCUGUCAGUGAUAACGAUGACAUUGGCGGUGGUGAAAUUGUUAUGGUGUCAAAAGUUGACAAGCCGGCAAGUGAAAAGGAUCUAUCAUUCGACAACGGAGCUGAAGGUAACAUCGGUGAACUAGAAGAUUGGCAUGACAUGAGACCUUUGAUGACCUCAACGCCCACUGAUGAAAAGAAUACGACGGCUACGUUUCCCCCGCAAUACACUCUGGAAGACUUUGAUGGAGCAGUAUCAUCCGAUGAGAAUAUCCUUCCAAUCACUGCUCUGAGAGGGCAAGAAAUGGAAACUGUCGAUGUUCCAGCGAUACUGGAAGAAAAGGAAGAAACCACGCGCAAAAAACAAAGAGCAAUUCGUGAUUCAUCACCCGAUCCACUCACAACUCCAUGGCAACCGAAUGAUAAAUAUGUUAUGCUUCCACGGAGUAAAUCCUCAACAGACACCAUACGGAAUAGAAGUGGAGGUCAUAAUCAACGCCGUAAAUUGGUCAGGAGUUUAGAAAAACCAUCGAUGACAUCAGCAUCAAAUAAAGUUGGUCGCGAUGAAUUGGCUGUACUUUACUAUAGAGACAUUAUAUGA